AUGAGCAUGAGCGCCAGCGCAUCCAGAAACCCCGCCGCGAGCAUCGGCCCAGUGCCGCCCUCGCAGUCGCACAGCGCCCGCCGCCUCCUCAUCUUCCAGGAGACGCGCAACCCUGCAAAUGCUGCUGAACCAGUCUAUCUCCCCGUCAACAAGCUAGGCCUGCCCAUCUGCGGCGAGGCGCCUGAGUUGCCGUCCAUUCUGGAGUUGCCGCUGCGCGUAUUGAGGGUGUUUACCGAUAUCUUCAACCAGCCGAAGUAUAAGGGAUGGGCUGUGCUGGCUGCUGGUCCUUACCAUGACAUCUCAGAAGAAGGGAAAUUCUACGCUGUCGUUCUGGAGCAGAUGUCGAGUGUGCCUUCGCACGCCCCAGAGAUCCAUAUGGGGACUCCGUGA